AUGGCUCCUACAAACAACACCAAGUCGCAAGCUCCGAAGAAGGGGAAGGAGUUCCCCGUAGAGCAACGGUUCCGAUGCUCGAAGCCAAAAUUUGAAUUGAAGCUGAGGCAACCCCGCCUACGACUACCUCAAAUUUUGAGACGUGCACAUCAUCCUGCAGAAAGCUCUUUUUUUAACCUACCUGGAAUUUUACUGGAUAUUCCGGAGGAUGGUUCAAUUGAUACGGAAGAGAGUGAAGACCAUUUCGUAUCAUACUUCGCAGGAUUGGCUGAUGAUACCGAUCGCAUAAAAACGUUCAGAGAUAGACUCGGUCCGAAUCUCCAAUCUUUGGUCGCCAAAGGGGCUGCGGAAGUGUUAAUCGCUCUAGAGUUUGAGAAAAAAAGGGACCAGAAGCCCCUCCAGUUUGUAACCCCUCAACAAUUGCAUGGGGAAGCAUGUCAGACACUUUUCCCUUGCUAUGAGGAAAAGCGGAUGACGCUGGAGGCACCUCCACCGAAGGGAUACGAUAUGUCGCCCCCAUUUAGCUACUCACCUAGCACAGGCAGCAAGUGGUAG